AGGCGCGCGCUCUCGCUCCCCCCGCGUGCCCGCCGGCCGCUCUCGACCAAUCGGCGGCCAUCUUCUGCUCCCCCGAGAGCAAGCGACAGUGCGUGCUCUCAUCACGAUCAUACAGAGACAAUAUCUCGACGAGCGAGGUUGUCCGUCCCGCGAGGAUGCGCUCUGAACGCGCCGCACACGAACGAUAAAAUAUUCCAAAGUGCCUCAGUACAAGUGCAAGAGAAAUAAGACUGUCAAUCUGUGCUCAAAAGAUUACGUGAAAGUGAAGGACUGGAGCUUUGUUGUGUGGACUUUUACGUUUAUUAAUUUGGGCAUCGUCUGAUAGCGCGAAAAUUAUCCACGAUUGGGCGACGACGACGCGUGUCUCGGGCCAUGCAGGGCGCGCCCACCGCGCCUGCGCCCUCCGCGGCCGAACCGCCAGCACAACAACAAAUCAAAACAGAGGUCAUCAGCGAAGCGAAAAUUGAUAUGCAGAAUCACAAAGAAGAGAACGACACAAUGAAGGUAGAAAAAAUCGAGGUUAGAGCGACGCGGACGACGAGUAUCGACAGCGACAAUCGUUCGGACAGGAGUGAGGAAGAGGACCUAAGGCGUUCCCGCAAACGAGCGGCCUCCACAUCUCCCUCCCCCAUACCUAUGGACAAGAGAACUGCUCGCUUCGAAUGUCCGAAAUGCCGCCAACGUUUCGACUCCGCCAACGCGUUCGAUCUCCAUCGCUUCACAGCGCACGGCGACGAAACCCGAACUGGAUUUGACGACCUAACGUUCGUUGAUUUCUCCAGCAAGAAGUUCCCCGAAAUAGCUCGCGGAGUGUGCGAGAGAAAUCCUCACAUUUCCAUCACAGAACAACGCUUCAGAUGCGACAAGUGUUCUAGAGAUUUCCCUUGCGGACAAGCUUUGGAUAUUCAUAAGAAGUCGUGUGCUAGUACCACCAGAGUCCGCAGCCCAGAGCGAGAUCGUAGGGAAGAUUUCUUCGCGAAACUCGACCUCACAAACAGACCUUUUGGAAUUCCGGGAACUCUGACGCCACCAAUGGAGAGAUUUACACCUAAAUUCAAUGAUGCACACAUUACCACCAACGGGAUCAGGCACAUUGAUGCCGCUAGAGACUUGGCCGACAUUCAGUCCAUCUUAAACGUGACAUCAGCUGGUAGUUUGCUGGAAAGACUAACCGGUACUAGAGUCGCUUUAGAAAGCUCGGUUCUUACUCCACCGGACACAAUAGGCAAAGAACGCGAGCAAGAGGAGACGCAAGAUAACUUUGCAGCUGAAUUCAGGCGAAUGAAGUUACGCGGAGAAUUUCCUUGCCGAUUAUGUCCAGCCAAAUUUCCCAAUCUAAGAGCCUUGAAGGGACACAACAGAGUGCAUCUUAGCGGGACAGGCCCUGGCCCUUAUCAAUGCAAUAUGUGUCCACACGCGUCGCUUGACAAAGCCGCUCUAGUAAGGCAUAUGAGAACACAUAAUGGAGAUCGUCCUUACGAAUGCGCUGUUUGUAACUACGCUUUUACUACUAAAGCGAAUUGCGAACGACAUUUGCGUAACCGACACGCCAAAGUCACAAGAGAAGAUGUCAAACGCUCAAUCAUCUACCACCCCUCAGAAGAUCCAAACAACGAUGAAGUUAAUUCCAAACUUGCUCGUGAAGAAGUCAAAAGAUCACUCGCUUUCCAUACUCCAGAAGUAGAAAGACGUAAUGAAACUACAGGCCGUGACACUCCUCUUACGCAUUUUACUCAAAAUUUCAUUACUGACAGGCAUCCUGUGGCCUCAUUAACAACAAAACCCAUUUUGCCUGAAGUGCCGCCUUUGACCCCAAGGGAACCAGAGCAAAUUCUUCCCAGAAUCAAAGUAAAGGGUAUCGGACAGCUCACCCAAAUAUCACCAGAAUUUCGGCCGUUAGAACUAAACUUCAAGAGCCCCGAACCCCAACCUGAAAGCUACGACGAAGAAGCGCCCGUAGACCUCAGCACAAGUGACAACAACAGCUGUGACGUUUUAGAUCUCAGCAAAAAGAAACGUGAUGUUGAUGAUGAGCCUAAAGCGCCUCCUAGACCCUCUUUUGAACCAGACCCUGCAGCCGCUGCAUCUGCAUUCGAAAAAACGAGAUUCCUUCUAGCCCACCAACGACUUUUCGAAAAUACUUUUCCAAAAAUCGAUCCCGCUUACUAUGCCACCCAACUUUCGCAACUUUAUGCGAGUACUAUGCCAGGACUACCAGGCUUGCCUUUGCCUCCGUCCUUUCCUCUCAACCCUUACUUUCUUCCACCUUCGUUUUUUCCUAAUGCAACAGAUUCUCAAGAACUUGCCGAAAUAAAGCAGCGUAUUCAAAAGGAAUUGAUUCGUGGAUUGAGUAUGUCUGGAGGUAGGCUCGUCAGUGAGCCUGAAGUGCAACCGAAGCAAGAACCCGAGGAAGAGGAACAGAAGCCCGUUCCACCGGCUCCUUCCCCACCACCCGUACCCCAUUGCGAAUCUCCAAGACCAUUAUCCAACAGUAUGGUACCUCAAAACGACUCUGUGAAAAUGGUUAUCAAGAAUGGAGUGCUCAUGCCUAAACAGAAGCAAAGGCGGUAUCGUACAGAAAGGCCAUUUUCAUGUUCUCAAUGCUCAGCUCGAUUCACUCUACGCUCCAACAUGGAACGUCACGUGAAGCAGCAACACCCACAACAUUGGAGUGUACGGCGGCCGGCGCCUAGGGCUCCACCACCAUACCCUACACCUGAGACUUUAGCUGAUCGCGUCAAAUUCGCUCUUUUGGCUCGACACCUCGAGCGGCCUUUGCAACAACCAGAACGGUCCCCAAUCAGAAGAGACUCGGACGAAGUAGCCGAUAACGAGGAAGAUGAGGACGACGCUUUAAUUAUCGAUGAGGAACCUGAAGACUUAAAGUCUGAUGAACACACUGCUGCCCACCGCGCCGCCGCCGAAAUACUGAUGGCCACUCGGCAACAAGAACUUAACAAAGAUUUUGAUCUUAAAAUUGCUGGAAAUCUGAUCAACAAACCGAUUUCUGUAACUAAUGACAAGACUGAGACGGGAACUGAUCCUAUGCCGGUGCCUAGUGACCUGACUAUUCCUGUGGUCCCUACGCGGAGUGACGAGGAGGAAGAUGAAGAAGGCCUGGUUGCUUCUACGAGUGAGGGCAAUAACUCUGGAAGCGAUGAAAAUAAAUCGGAGUCAGACACAAACCAACCACCAAAGAAAAAGUCGGCGUACAGCCUAGCCCCUAACCGAGUGUCAUGCCCUUACUGCCAUCGUAAGUUUCCGUGGUCUUCGUCUCUUCGACGCCACGUCCUCACCCACACUGGACAGAAGCCGUUCAAGUGCCCUCACUGCCCGUUGCUGUUCACCACGAAAUCCAACUGCGAUCGUCAUUUGUUGAGGAAACAUGGCGGAUCAGCGCGGGCUAUACUCGCUGAGCCGAUACCAGAGGCAAUCCCGACAUCGCAAAACACGGAGAACAGAACCGUUCCAGAGAGGCCUUUUAAAUGCGCCUCUUGUCCCACCAGCACUUUCUCUUCGAUGGAAACUCUGAAGAAGCACAUGUCUUCAAGGCAUGGCACUGGGGAAUCUCAACCCGGGUCGCCUAACCCCGAAGAUGAAGCGAAUGAAGGUCUAGUCUUCAAGUGCCACCUCUGUGAGGCGUCGUUCGGAGAUCGGACCGGGGCGUUGGGCCAUCUAUCUUCGGCUCAUGCUUCGGAGUAUGAGCAGCUGGUCAGCAAAGGUGCUCUAGACGCGGCUAGUGACAGGAGCGAAAGUGCUGAUGAUGACGAGCGGGGGAAGUUCCCUGACCAUGCCAACAGAAAGGUGGUCUGCGCGUUCUGCAUCCGUCGCUUCUGGUCUGCGGAGGAUUUGCGCAGGCACAUGCGUACUCACUCCGGCGAGCGGCCGUUCGCCUGCGACCUGUGCCGGCGUCGGUUCACGUUGAAACACAGCAUGCUGCGCCAUCGCAAGAAGCAUCGGGAGGAGGCUACUGAUGAUGAGGAAGCUACUCCUCCGAAUACGCCGCGAGAGCCUGAUACCGUCGCUAAUGGAUACCGCUACCAAGACGACGACUCCGGCAACGAGAUCCCGGCCAACGUCAACAACAACAACUCGCCCCCCGCUACGCACUAUGACAAGAAACUCAAACUCGAGAUGACGUCACGGAAAUACUCCUCAGAGGCUGACAACGACGGAGAAAACGGCAGCGAUCUCAUCGGAAAACUCCUAGGCAUCCCCGACAACAAACUGCUAAACAAACUCCUCUCCUCCGCGGACGAAGCCGCCAAAUUCCUAGGUGUAAACAAAUGAGAGUACGCUUUAGUCCUCGUGACGCCCGCUAGACUCAUCCUAGCUCCGCGAGGACUAAAAAUCCCUCUCAAAAUCCAAAACCAAGCGUCAACGAACGGAACUGUAGAUAAUCAAACCAAAUCAACGCCAUCUAGCAACGAGUAGACGCAUUAGGUGCCGCCAUUUUGGCGCGAAGUCAUUUUUCUCUAAUGCAAUAAAUUAGUCUGUAUUUUUUUGUAAAUAUAAUUAUACAUUACAUUACGUUAUUGCUUGAACUUGUAGUAAUAUCUAGGUGCCUUUAGCUGCCUUAAUUGAAGUAUAUACCGUCCUAAUAUGCCUUACAAUUAGUGUAUUUUAUUUAAAGCUUCUUGUGUGGGUGACGAGCAACGAAUUAUUUCUUUAGUGCCAGUUUUAAAAGUACAUUGAUGUAUUUUUAUCGUAGUAAAUGUAAAUUUACUGGUACUCGACUUUCUUGGAAUAAUAUUUAGUGAAUAAAAUAAAUGUAUAAUAAGGUAAGCACAUGACAUCUAUAAUAGCUGACUGAGGGCAGACUCACAUUUUGCAUUUCCAUCUAGUCGAUGCAUUUCGCACUUUCAUACGAUCCUCUUUAGCACUUAACACUAUUCCGUUUACUAGAUAAACUAGUUAUAAAACCAGCCAAAUACUUAAUUUUCGCAAAUCCAAAAUUUUCUAGUCAAUUCUUAAAAAUGUCUUUUCUUACGAUCCUAAGCUAAAAUACCAAAUUGUCAAUAAUUAGAAGUGUUUACGAUGUUAACCGAAUAAGUCUAGUAAAUAAGUCAGUUAUAAUAAACCUCAUGUAACCUACCAAUGAAUAGAAAUAAGUUUGAAUGAUUUGGUAUCGUUAACUAGCAUUAAGAUUGUCAUUUGUCAAAAUUCAUACAUAAUCUACACACUUUAUUCAAAACACAGGUCGGCCUGCCGUACCGCUAUUUUUGCAAAAACAUCUUUUCAAGUCUUUUAAAUACCUUAAUUUUCCUUCAUCUAAAACCUAGAUACUUAUUCCAUAAUUCUAAUAGUUUACGCUAAAUAGGUAAGGUAGAGUAGAACAUACAUAUUUCCCAUUCUAAGAUAGCAACGUUUAAUUUGCUCAAAUUCAUGGCAUUUCUUUACUUAUCAAGACUAGAAGUUAUUUCUAAGGACACGGCUAAGAUCUCCUACUGUAACUAGACUUACUACUUUAUUAUAGCGCAUAGAAUAUAAUAUCGUUAAAAAUGACAUUUAUUUUGCCAAAGGCUCUUGGUGGACAGUCGUUUACCAACUGGUAAUUAAUUUUAUAAAAAUUAAUUCACUUUUUUACUUGCUUGUUCGAAAGAGGUUUUAUUAAAGAAGUAUAUUAUUUUUCAAAAGUUUAUUGGUGCAACGAUAUUUUGUUUGUGAGGGUUAUAAACUCUGGAUAGGUUUAGGAUGUAAUUUUAAGGAUAUUCAGUCUCCUUUGUGGAUUGACGAAUCAUACGCUAGAAUAUACCUAAGUUCGAUUGUGCUUUGUAUAUUUUGAAAUGCUGAAUUAUAUACCAAAUAAAUAUUUAAAUAAUAGAGUAAGUAUCUGUAUGUUGUACUCUUAAGGAUUUCCUAAUUAUAGAUUUCAGAAAUAAUGUAUUGUCCCAUUAAAAUCGACGUACAUAUACUGAAUAGCAAUAAUUGUAAUGUAAAAUAAUAAUUCUUCGUAUUAUAAUUCAAACAGUCACUAUAAUUGUCACAUCGUAUUUAUAAUUUUAUAAUAACUACGUUACUUUUAUAGGCUAUUGUAUACCAAAGUAAGUUUGAAUUGUAUUUCUUUGAAAUCCUGCUUGAUGUCAAUUAUAGUUAAUGAAACAUUGAUUUCAAUAUUGUAAUAUAUUUAUUUAAUAUACAAAUUAAUAAUGUUUUGCUAGUUUUCACGGCCAGUAAAUCUACUGCACGAAUGUUUAAAAUUUUAAAUUGUUACAUAUAAAUGUAGACGUAAGAGGUAAUCUCGUACUUAAUAUAUUAAUUAUAUUAAUUUUAAUGAUAUAUAAGUGUACUUAAGUUAAUAUUAAGAAUUGUGGCAACACCGCUUGGCCUUUCAAAAUGUAGUGUUCGUGUGUUUUAAAAUAAAUAUGGAUAUUCUUAAAAUUAAUGUUAUUACCAAUAUUAUGCAUGAUAAAAAGGUAAAUUACUUAUUAAUAAUAAUUAAUAGUAAGAAUUUUACUAUUCACCUUUGCCUCUCUUUCUUUUUUGCAAUAUGAGUGUCGUUUUAAAAACGUUUUUGUGAAAUACAAAAUGUGUAUUAAAUAAAUUAAAAUUGGUUUUUA